GAGACACCCGGAAAACAUAUUUCCCAUGAUUCUUUGCGUCGGCAGAGUCCGCAUGAUUCUCGACAAUGCGUGGGGGAUCUUCGCCUGACAACAUCUUUGUAUUCUUACACACGUGGGGACUUUUAACGCACCGUUUACCCGUUUAAGAUGAGUGAGGACGUGGAGCGGCUGUUGAUUCAGUUCCAGGACGAGGCUGGAGAGAUCCUGGGCUCCCCUUUUGAUGUUCCUCUUGACAUCACACCUGACAAACUUCAGCUGAUCUGCAAUGCUCUGCUACAGAAGGAAGAGCCGGUGCCAUUGGCGUUCUUUGCGCGGGGCGAGGCUGAGAUUGUGUCCAGUCUAGGCCAAUGUGUGAAGGAACUCCUGGUGGAAACGGAGCAGGUUCUGCCGGUGGUGUACCAGCCCCAGGCCGUGUUCCGAGUCCGAGCCGUGUCCCGCUGCACCAGCACCUUACAGGGACACACCGAGGCCGUCAUCUCCACUUCUUUCAGUCCCACUGGAAAAUAUUUGGCCAGCGGUUCAGGUGACACCACGGUACGUUUUUGGGACUUGAUGACAGAGACGCCGCAUCACACCGCCAAAGGACACACGCACUGGGUGCUGAGCAUCGCCUGGUCGCCUGACGGCAAGAAGCUGGCAUCAGGGUGUAAAAACAGUCAGAUUUUCCUUUGGGAUCCAGUGACUGGCACACAAGUCGGGAAGACAUUGACGGGACACACCAAGUGGAUCACUUGGCUUUGCUGGGAGCCUCUCCACCUCAACGCGGAGUGUCGCUACCUGGCCAGCAGCUCCAAAGACGGCUCGGUGCGCAUCUGGGACACGGUUUUGGGACGCUACGACAAGAUCCUGACGGGACACACUCAAUCUGUCACUUGCGUCAAAUGGGGCGGGGACGGGCUUCUCUACACGUCCUCACAGGACAGGACGAUCAAAGUGUGGCGAGCCAAAGACGGUGUCCAGUGUCGGACACUGCAAGGCCACGCCCACUGGGUAAACACACUGGCUCUUAGCACAGACUAUGUGCUGCGAACUGGAGCGUUUGAACCUGCGAGUGCCACCGUCAACCCACAAGACCUGACUGGAUCAUUGGAGGAACUGAAGGACAAAGCCUUGCAGAGAUACAACAAAGUCCGGGGAUCCGCCCCUGAGCGCUUAGUGUCCGGCUCAGAUGACUUCACUUUGUUCCUGUGGAAUCCAGCAGAGGACAAGAAGCCCUUGGCCAGGAUGACGGGCCACAGCGCCCUGGUCAAUGAGGUGCUCUUCUCCCCAGAUACGAGGCUCCUGGCCUCGGCCUCUUUCGAUAAAUCCAUCAAAAUAUGGGACGGUCGCACGGGAAAGUACAUGAUGUCCCUCCGUGGCCACGUGGGUUCCGUGUACCAGGUGGCAUGGUCGGCUGACAGCCGCCUGCUGGUGAGUGGCAGCAGCGACAGCACGCUCAAAGUCUGGGACGUCAAGACGGGGAAGUUGAACAUGGACCUUCCUGGCCAUGCUGAUGAGGUGUUUGCUGUGGACUGGAGUCCCGAUGGUCAACGAGUGGUCAGUGGCGGGAAAGACAAAUGUCUAAGAAUAUGGAGAAAAUAGCCACACCUUUUUUGUCCCGGUGUUAACUUCUGUAUGUUCAUGUCCUCUCCCACCGUUUCACGCCAAGAAACUUGACAUCUGGAAGUAGAGGUGGUUAAUAAACAACACAGCAUCUUUUUGUGUACGCUGGUGAACGUGACACACAA